GGCCACGGCCACGAGCCGCUGUUGCUGCUUCCCUCCUCUCCUCUGUUUUUCUCUGCCUCUCAUGGAGGCCUCCAUGCUCAAGCCGUCGGUGUUGCUAUCUCCGGCGAGGGGAGGGCCCUCAACGGCGCGGGGGCGGGGCUGCGUCGUCGCCGGCGCCGGCGGCCGCGGCAGCAAGAACCUCGAGACACGGCGGCCGGAAGGGAGCGAGCCGGCCAGAGGAGCCCACGGCCAUGUCCUACCCCUGGCGGCAGCGGCGGUGAGCAGCAGCGCCGCCGCCCUGCCGUGCCACGCCGCGACCUCUCCGGCGGCGUACGAGCAAUCGCUGUACAGGGCGGCGGUGGUGCUGGGGGAGCUGGACCCGGCGACGGCGAAGGUGGUGAUCGGGGUGGCGGGGCCGGCGCUGUCGGCGGUGGGGUUCCUGUUCGUGGCGCGGAUCGUCAUGUCGUGGUACCCGAGGCUGCCGGUCACCAAGUUCCCCUACGUGGUGGCCUACGCGCCCACGGAGCCCAUCCUCGCCGCCACCCGCCGGGUCAUCCCGCCGCUGGGCGGCGUCGACGUCACGCCGGUCGUCUGGUUCGGCCUCGUCAGCUUCCUCAGCGAGAUCCUCGUCGGGCCCCAGGGCCUCCUCGUCCUCCUCUCCCAGCAAGUCUCUCCCUCGUAGUAUCUUCUUCAGCAUGCUUCUUAUUUUCUGAGUGUAAUAUAUGAGCUUAUUAUCAUGGGUGUGCAUGAGUUUUUGACAUUCGAAAUUUUGCCAAAAUUUGUCAAGAAACAGUUCAGCUCC